CGGCACCACGUCCAAGAGACGGCCGUCCGUUCCCCUCCCUCCUCCGCCUAUCUCACUGUCCCCUCCCUCGCCUCGUCUUUCUCCUCGGUCGUCCUCCUUCAUCAUCAAUCAUCAACAUCGUCCCUGCUGCUCGUAGCGCGCGCUAUGCACUCGUCGGUCUCGACGGGUCGUGAGCCGCCCUCAAUUCCAUUCUAUCCAAACGAUCCUUCAUCGUCUUCGUCGUUUUUGCCGCCCACGACUGGGGCAGCAGCAGACCCACAAGCGCAGUACACGGCGGGCCCAGCAGCAUCCGCGGGGAGCAGCAUCGCCGCCGCCGCCAACCCAGUUGUUGUAUCUGGGUCCUCGUAUGCUUCGUCGGCGCGUACUUCCAGGAACAACAUGGCCGGCAAUCCUUUCCACCAUCAUCAUCACAUUCAUCAUCAGCACAACAAUUCGUCGUCUUCGUCUUCGUCGCACCACUUGUCCGCAGGCAUCGAGGGCUAUCAUCAUCAGCAGCCGCAAGGAUCCAUUGCGGGCCCCUCUUCGUCCGCCUCGAUGCCGCCGCCUCAUUUCCAACCUCGAGGUCAUGACAGUGGCAACGACGCUGUGGUUGACGCCGUCGAGAGAGUGGGCAAAGACCUUGGAGCUCAACUCUCCUCACUCUCGGUCCAACUCAGCUCUCUCGUCUCUCUGAUGUCGCAACUCGUCGACGGUCGCGGCGCAGAAGCUAAACGCCGCCGCUUCGACUCACCUCCUGCUCACCACAAUCAGCAACAACAGCCUCCUCACUCGGCGGAUGGAGCUUGGCACGAUCCUCAGCAUGCCGGACCGGCCCACUUCCGCCGCGACUCCAACCAUCCCUUCGCUUUUGAUCCCGCCGCUGACGAAGCUCAGCAGCAGCAGCAGCAGCAGCGUGGCGUAUACGAUGUUGACAACAAUGAUGCUAUGCAUCAGCAGUAUCCUCAGCCACCCGCCACGGCAGAUGGCAGCGUCAUCGGCGAUGCUAGUGCCGCAAAUGGCAUGACCUUCUAUCCGGCCGUACCGUCCAUCAACGGCAACGGGCAGCCUCCCAACGACGGCUCCGGCGGAGGCAAUGGUGGCGCUCCAAUGGCGCAAGCCGAUUUCUACUCCACCAAUAUGCCCGGCAGCGUCGGCUUUGACGUCCCUCACGUCGAGUCCUCUCGCGCCCGUCCGGGCAGCUCCUACGGCAGUGGACGACCCUUCACCGCCGUCGACCACUCUCAACGGCCUACGAAUCCUAUUCCCAUGGCUCCUCCGCCUAUGCAGCAGCAGCAGCGAAUUCAUUUCGACAUGGGUCAGCAGCAAGGUCACGCUAACCAUGACAUGCACCGAGGCUCCAUCUACGACGGUAGCAGCGGGGCAAGCAUGCCAGGGCCCUUUGUCCCGCACGGUGGCCCUCACUCGCACCCCCCCUCUCUCUCCCACUCACACAGCGUGGAUGCCGUGCCGAUGCAGUCGCACUCGGGAGGCUCGCCCCCUCACAACUCUUUCACCGCACCCAGCGCCUCUGCCUCAUCAUCCUUGAAGAAGCGGCCCCGCUCCUCUGCCCCUACGCGAGUCUCUGCCCGGAGCAGCACAGCGAAGCGCAAUUCGAUCCCGGAAGAGGAAAGUGACGACGAAAUCGCGGGUAGCGAUGACGAAGGUAAUGCUGAUGCUAGCGCGUCGAUGAGCAUGAACUACCCCACCAGCAGUGGUCGCAACCUCUCACCUGGGGCGGGGAGCGUCACGGGCGUGAUGGGCGACUGGCAGAUGUGGGCCACCAAUCCUCCCAAACCACCCGAGGCCAAGCUGCGAAGCCUCGAAAAACCGAGGUGGCGAACCCUGCAGUCGGCGCGCUUGGACCUGCAACGAAAGACUGGCCGCACGAUGGCCAAAUUGGGCCGGUUGCCCCUGCGAGACUACCUCGAGGUCAACCAGACCGAGUAUCUCGCGGCGCGUAAAAGCGGCCGUUUAGCCUACCAAGAAUGGCUCGAACCACUCAAGCGCCUAGCUAAGCAGGACCAGGACAAGGUGAAAGCUUGCACGAACUUCAUUGAAUACACACACCCGAUGCUAGCGCAGUGCGAAGCCUCUUUCAAAGCGCGUCAGCUUCUCCAGCAGAUCAUCGACAAUGCGAUUGAUGAGGCCACGAAUGCCAAGAAGAAGGCGGAGAGUAGCGUAGUGGGCGGGGGACCUGAGAAGAGGAGCGCUUCGCCACCGAUCGGUGGUGCAAGUGGUGGCGGGGCGAGUGCGCUGAGUAUGGGUACUCGUUUCGCUAGUCCGAGAAACUUGACGAGGAGCGCUGCGGCGGCUCAUGGUGUCGGUGGGGCCGAGCAGCUCAAGCAGGCGCAGGCCAUGUCAUUCUAAUUUCUGGCGACAUCGAAGGACCAACUAUGUAUCCAUGCCACCUUGUAUGUAUAUCCGAUGAAAUGCUCAACAGCGUGACCGAGU